AUGCAGUAUCACACAGGUUAUGUAGUGCCGCGACAUGUCACGUUAAUGAAUAUGUCACAGUUGAUUAAAACAUACGACAGAACAGUCAAAAAGGCGUUGCAUAACCAGGAACCAACGUACCCAGCCGCGCCACCACCCACCCGGUUCCCCCCGCAGACGCGCCGGAGGGGAGGGGUUUCCGCUUCCGGCGGCGGAUUGUUGACGCCCGCCGCUGCUGUAGUGGCUACCGAGCGGUUGCGGCGGGGCUGCCGAGCGAGGGAGGGCGACGGCGCAGUGACAGGCAGCGCGGAGGUGAUUCAUUUUCCUUUCUCUCCCCCCCCACCCCAAUUUACAGGCAGAGAGUAUGUCAUUCCAUCCUUGGCGCACAGAUUUAUGGCAGAGAUGGUGGAUUUCUUUAUUCUCUUCUUUAUAAAAGCAACCAUUGUCUUGAGCAUCAUGCAUCUCAGUGGGAUAAAGGACAUCUCUAAGUUUGCCAUGCACUACAUAAUAGAAGAAAUCGAUGAAGACACAUCCAUGGAAGACUUGCAGAAAAUGAUGAUUGUGGCACUUAUAUACAGGUUGUUAGUUUGUUUCUAUGAGAUAAUUUGCAUUUGGGUAGCAGGGGGAGCUACACCAGGAAAGUUCCUGCUAGGUCUUCGAGUUGUGACAUGUGAUACAUCGGUACUCAUUGCUCCAAGUCGGGUUUUAGUGAUUCCUUCCUCAAAUGUUAGCAUCACAACGUCCACCAUACGAGCUUUGAUCAAGAAUUUUUCUAUUGCUUCUUUUUUCCCUGCUUUCAUCACACUGCUGUUUUUUCAGCAUAAUCGAACAGCCUAUGACAUUGUAGCAGGAACCAUUGUAGUAAAAAGAAAUGGGGUCAGAUGAUGCCCCAGAGCCCUGAAUUCCACUUUUUGGAAUAAUGAUGACAAGACUAAAUUAUGUAUCAAGGCCAUCAGUAUCUCUAGGCUACAUUAAUUGAUGUUUUAAAAAUUAGAGCAGUCACUACGGUGUGAUGCAGGAGACUGUUCUGAAAGUGUUGACUGUACUUAAAUGUCAAGAACCUUUCCAGAAGGAAAACUUAUUAAAUUCAAGUGUUAAAUAUUUGUAGGACAACAAAACAAAUGAUUUCAAUCAAUAUAGAAAAAUAUAUACUUUAACAUUUAAGAUAAACAAAAUUUGCUGGAAGCAUUUUCACCUUUAAAUUCUCCAUUUUGGCUUAUCCUAGAGUAAUUGAAAAAUGUCCAGUUGUGUUUUAUAAACACCUAACUCCCACAGCUACUCUUAAGGAAGUUUCUUUAUGUGGGCAUUGAGAAAGCAUCAACUCAACAAACCACUGGCUGGCUCCAUGGCAAGUGUUGGAGAAAAGGGCUAGUGAGGAAGGCCUAUCAGUCCCCUCACCUCAUGCUUGCAGGAUGUUCUAGAAUUCACUGCAGUAGUGGUGGAAUUCUGCAACUUCUUACUACUUAUGUAUUUGGAGGCAAGAAUUUUCAUGAUGAUGAAAAUGUAUUGAGUCAUAUCAUUGAUACUUUAAAAAAAAAAAGGUAAGUUAGUGAUUGCCUUCUGUGGGGGUAGGGUGGGGAUGGGAAUGUUAACUUUCAAUGUAAAUUCAGCUUAGAAUUCAUGUGCCCUAAAAAUCAACUAUAAAUAUGUGGGGGAAACAUCCAUCAAACAUUCCCAGUGUGUGCUCUCCAGUGUUAUGAAUGUAUCUGUAGAUUCUAUUUCUGUACAAGCAAAUUCCUAAGGCACUAUAUUCUAUACAGUUCCGUGACUGUCAAAACAUCAAGGUAUUAAGUCUUUAGUAUUUUGUGAAUAACUCUAAAUACUAGUAGCCUGUGAAAUAUUAGCAAUUUUCCCAUAAUGAAUUGUUCUCUCUAAAGCAAGGCAGAGUGUCAUCUCCGGACAUUAUUCUAGCUUCUCUAAGCUCAUUUUGGGCCUGCUAGAGAUGAAAUUUGGGAGGAAAUGUUAAAGCAAACUUUUGUGUAUGGUCAUUGUACUUUGCUCUGUUGAUGCAACAUUAUCAGGUUUAUGUCUGUGUGCUUUUGUUGUGUCCCAGUUAGCUAGCUGUACUGAAAUGUACCCACACUGCUUAUAGUUUAAACUUUAUUUCUUUCUUACUCAUUGUAUAUGAUUUUCCCAAGAAACACUAAAUUGUAUUGUAUAAGAAAUCAAUCUUUGUUCCUGGGUUUUAAAUAGCAAGAAUAAUCCAUGUGUUAUUACUGCAUCCAUUUUCAGUGGACUUUUGACAUUUAAAACUGUGAAAAUGCAUUUAAUGUCUAUAGACACUUUAAGAAUCUAAUAGCUUAUUGUAAGAGUUCAAAAACCGUUUUUCAAAAUAAUUUUAUUUAAAUUAAAUCCAACUUCACAGAACCCCUAUUACUUGUCAAGAGCAGUAUGUAGAGCACUUGCUUGUGGCUCUGGCAAGAUUUUACGGCUCUUCAAACUCUUACACUACAAAUCAAGAAGUUGGUAUGGACACUACUUUUGCCACUGAUAAGGGAAUUCAAGUUGAAAUGUACUUCACCCAUGCAGCUCUGGAGUGCUUGAUUAUUAUUUCUACCCAAAGAUUACUGUACUUUUCACUGAGGAUAUUUUUAUUUAUACAGUAAAAUAAACUAGUCCAAUUCGUUAUAGUUUAAAUAUUGCAAUUUGCUAUGGACAAGUCAUUUAGAUCCAGCUGUGGAUUCAAGUUGUGCCAUACAGACUGUAAUAUAAAAGUAUUGCUUUGCCUCUACAAUAAAAAAAGAAAUCUCAAGAGUUGAAAUAAGCCAGGCACUGUGGUGCACGCCCUUAAUCCCAGCACUUGGGAGGCAGAGGCAGGUGGAUCUCGGUGAGUUCAAGGCCAGCCUAGUCUACAAAGUAAGUUCCAGGACUGCCAAGGCAACACAGAGAAACCCUGUCUCGAAAAAAAAACAACAGUUGAAAUAAAGAGAAAAGGGAACCUGGCACAUUUUUUUUCCUCAUAGGGUUGUAAAAUGGAGUUUCCUUCACAGAACAUGAGUAUAUUCAACUACAGAAAUACUGAUUUCCUGUGUCUCAUGCUGAAGCUGUACCCUAAAAGGGCAAAAUUGAAGUCAGAAAUGAAGAUGCUCUUAAAUGAAUGUGCGUACCCUGAGCUGGACUGGAGUCUUAUUGCUGCAUUCAGUCUUAACUGGAAAGAGAUUUAGGCAGUGAGAAAGUCUUGGUACCCAUCGCUGAAAGUGUUCUGGAGUGGCUAGAUCUUGUGAGUAGGAUAGUCUACCUUCUAUCUACUAUCUAGGUAGGUAACAGUGCAAUGGCGGGCCUUACUUUACUAAGCAUUCUCUAGGACCAUAAUUUGACAGUAUUCUAAAGCAUAGCCCAACUCCUUCCCUAGCACUGGCUUAAUUCUCCCUACAAAGCAUUCACCUUCUAAUCUCCAAGAAGACAUCCUAGUUGGAUCUUAAAAGUUUUACAUUUGUUACUUGGAGGAUGAAGCAAUUAAAGUUUCUCACUGUUUCUUUGAGGACAGUGCCUAAAUUAACAGUAUUCCUAAACUCUUGACAAGUACUCUUUCAGCUCCUUGCAACCUUCCAUUCACAUAACCAAAGAUCAAAGUUCUUACUCAUGCCUGGGUGAAGUUUCUCAUUUCAGCUGGUAUAUGCAGAUUUCCUUGUAGUUCACUAUAGUAGGGCUUGCCCUGCAAACAGUAUCUAAUGACCCGCCUAUAAAUAAAACUCAUUCUAUUUUUAAUAUUUGUAUGUCACCAGUUUGUAUUUUUGUCUCAAUAAAUGUCAACAGUGUUA